UCAUUUCAGAACGAGCAUCAAGAAGCUUCGUUACGGCGUUUGUAAUCUUGGAAAAAUAGUGAAAAACGAGUAUUCAUCACUAAAUACAAAUUAAAACACACGCAGUGUUCCUCAAUUUGCCUUAAAUACAUUAAACAUGUCCCACACAAUUUUGUUGGUUCAACCGGGGCCACGGCCAGAAACCAGGACAUACUCCGACUACGAAAGCGUCAACGACUGUAUGGAAGGAGUGUGUAAAAUAUACGAGGAACAUUUAAAAAGAAGAAAUCCAAAUACACCGACGAUUACAUACGAUAUAUCGCAACUCUUCGAUUUUAUCGACCAGCUGGCUGACCUAAGUUGUUUAGUAUAUCAGAAAUCAACGAACACAUACGCACCAUACAACAAAGAUUGGAUCAAAGAAAAGAUAUAUGUCUUACUACGUCAAGCGGCCGGCCAAGGAGACUAAUUUAAGUACCAAAGUACAAGGAUUAUUAACACAUGGAGUGUCUAUAUAGGUACAUAGCAGCUAUCCAGACAUUGAAAGAGCCCCUAAAUAAAAAAAAAAAAAAACAGUUAUAUUAAACACUCCAUGUAUUUUAUACUCCAAAAUUUAUUAAAACUAAAACGGUGAUACUUGAUGCGUUUGAUGUUCCAAUAUAGACCUUAUAGACAUAAAAAUAGAGGUUAUUGCGUAGUUUUUCAAUUCAUAGUUUUAUUUCACUGUUAUAUUGACAUGUAGAUUAUAUUGUGGAAGUGAUUGGUUCUAGAAAAAGUCUUUUUAAAAGUCAGUCAACUGUUUUUCUAUAAA